CAGGCCGGGAGCCGAGAUGUCCCGGAAAGCCUCGAGAGGCGGGGUUUUUGGUAACUCGGCGGUUACUCGCCUCCCUCAUUUCGUGUGACCACGGAUCUUUAAAUUUGGCCCGUCCCAGUCGGUUAUAGAAGUCGGAUUGAAGAAUACGGAAGAGAGUUGACUCCAGGUCGACUCAUCCUAGAUCACGUGUUCUUCCAGAGGCCGUACUGAGGUCAUCUUUGCAGCCUGUAAAUUUUCCGGCUGAUGGUCUUACGGAGAGGCUGAAAACAACUUAUAACGUGGUAUGGAAAAAGGAAGCAUGCCUGGAAAACCUGAUUUCUUUAAAUGGAAGAUUAAGUUCUUAUAGAGCAAAUGAAUUUCUAUUUUACAAGUUAACCAUAUAUUAUACUUAGCCUUUCAUGUUAGAAUUUAGCUACCUUUCCCAAAAAUAUAUGUACACAUUGCAUUUUAGAUUGGAGAGAACUCAAAUUCAGAUAGUCUAAAUUUACUGCAUCUUGUUUAACAUACCAGGCCAAGACUUUUGAAUAGACACUUGGCACUAGAAAAGAGAAAAUAACUUACCUAUUAUGAAAAUGACAUGGUGUUAAAAUACAUGCCACAAUCCAGCAUUACAAAUGCUUUAAAAAGCUGAAUCAGAAGCACACAGAGAAAAGGCCUUGUGAAGACACAGCAAGCGGGAAGGAAGCCAAACACAAGCCAAGGAGAGAGAUCUCAGGAGAAACCAAAUCUGCUGACACCAUCAUUGCAGACUUUCAGCCUCCAGAACUACUUCAACUGUGAGGAAAUGUCAUUCAGAUUUGGCCAACAUCUCAUCAAGCCCUCUGUGGUAUUUCUUAAAACAGAACUGUCCUUUGCUCUUGUGAAUAGGAAACCUGUGGUACCAGGACAUGUCCUUGUGUGCCCACUGCGGUCAGUGGAGCGCUUCUGUGACCUGCGUUCUGAUGAAGUAGCUGAUUUGUUUCUUGCAGCCCAGAGAGUUGGGACAGUGGUGGAGAAACAUUUCCAGGGGACCUCUCUCACCUUUUCCAUGCAGGAUGGCCCUGAAGCUGGACAGACUGUGAAGCACGUUCAUGUCCAUAUUCUUCCCAGGAAGGCUGGAGACUUUCACAGGAAUGACAGCAUCUAUGAUGAGCUCCAGAAACAUGACAAAGAGGAGGAUUCCCAGGCCUCUUGGAGAUCAGAGGAGGAAAUGGCGGCAGAAGCAGCAGCUCUGCGGGUCUACUUUCAGUGACACAGGCAUGAAAGUAACUCAAACAAAUCCCAAGGUAUAAGGAAAUGAGCUUCAUUCUCUAGAGCUCUGCAGCAUUGAAAAUGAAGCUAAGCAGAGUUCAUUAUAUCUUAUAAUUCUGCAACCUUUUGCGAAGCAUUUUGUUACCCUUUUGGAAACUAUUGGGGUCGUUUCAGUCAUAAUGACUGGCAGCCUAACUUCAAAACAAGAGCAUCUACAGCUCUUCCACACUUCCUUGGCUAUGUAGUUAGAAUAGAACCUUUUCUAAAUUGUCCCUUGACCUGGAUGGAAAUAAAAUGGUAGUUAAAAUAAUAAUAAUAAUAAAAAGCUGA